CAGCGCACGCGAGGAGAGAAGCUGAGCCGCACGCACACAGCUGGAUGGAUAGCACCGUCUCCGCCACGGCAGUAGGAGGAUGUGAAUUUUCGAUAUUUAUAUUAACUUUGUCACCAAAAAGAGAGCAGCCGCUGGACGUAGCUCGACUUACGUACAGGUUAUCAUACAGGUGGUGUAAAUAACAGCUGGAUAGUCUACUAACCCCGCACGCGACAAAAAAAACUAACUGCUUCAUUUUAAUGAGUUGAUUUUUAAGAUUUGCGACCAGCCCAGUUAGCUACUGAGCAUCCGUCCGGUGAGCUGUAGACAGACACAGACAGACAUGAUGGAGUCUAUCUUAGACAGUUUAACAGCAGAGAAACUCUAUCCGUCCGGCGGAACCAACCUGUUGGACCUGGAGGAGCUCAGCGAUGGAGAUUUCCUCACUAAUGUGCCUUUCUCAGGUGACCAGAUGGAUGACUUUAGCAGUGAAUUGUUCAGCAGUUUCUUUGACGACCAUCUAUUAGAGAGGCCCCUUCUGGCGGACAGACCUUCACCUUUACAUAUGGACAUGGAGGACAGCAACCCAGAUAUUCAAGCAGAGCACAGCUACUCUUUAAGUGAAGACUCCGCCCCCCAGAGCCCAGCCCUGUCAAUCAAAAUGGACCACGAGUCUGAAUUUGAAUGGAGCUUCAGUCAGGACCUUUCGGCCAUCUUGGUCAAACAGGAGAAGCCAGAUGUGGGUCAAAGGUUAGAUCCUCAGCCUCUGGAAGGUCCGCCUCUUAUAUUAAGCCCUGCCCCCCCACAUAGAGGCUCGCCAUGGAAACACACGGAGCCCAGUCAAGACAGCGGGAAGCCAGUAGCCAUAAAAGAUGAACCCCGAGAGAUUGGACAGUACCUCACCCUGCCCAGCGACGAUGCACUGCAGCUCCCGCCUACCCCUCCCAGCAGUAACCACGGUGACAGUGACUGCUCCCUCCCUCCCUCCUCCCCGCACCUCCCUCUGCCACCGUCUUCCCCUCAACCACAACAGAGGCCAGGAGGUCGGGCCUCCUCCUCUUCCUCCUCCUCUUCCUCAGCCAUCUCUUCUUCACCUCUCCUCACUGCACCACAUAAGCUGCAGGGUUCAGGACCCCUUUUGCUGACAGAAGAAGAGAAGAGGACCCUGGUUGCUGAGGGUUACCCAGUACCUAACAAACUUCCUCUCUCUAAGACUGAGGAGAAGGCACUGAAGAGGGUCCGACGGAAGAUUAAAAAUAAGAUCUCAGCUCAGGAGAGUCGGAGGAAGAAGAAAGAAUACGUGGAAUGUCUGGAGAAAAAGGUGGAGAGCUGCACGUCGGAAAACAGCGACUUGUGGAGAAAAGUAGAAAACCUGGAGACCGCCAACAGGUCUCUCCUACAGCAGCUCCAGAAGCUUCAAUCAUUGGUGUCAGGGAAAGUUGUCCCCAGUUCUUGUAAAAUGGCCUCAACUCAAACAGGGACAUGCCUCAUGAUGGUGGCUGUGUGUUUUGUCCUGGUGUUGGGCUCCUUCUCUCCCUGCCUCUCUCCCCUCUCCUUCCUCACUCACACCUCCUCUUUGUCCUCAUCCUCCUCUUCCCCUAACCCCUCCUCUCCUCCUCCUCUUCCGCAAGCGGACCUCUACACCACUAGUCAGGUCCGCUCCCGCAGCCUGCUCUUCUUUAAUGAAGGGGCUCCCCUGGAGGAGAGUUUAGUGACAUCAGAAGGGGAGAAGCUACAGUCAGAAGGCCACAUUCAGACGAGCCGAUACACAGCUGACGCACACAGCAACAACCAGACAACUGGUCCAGAGUUAGACCGGAGAGAAACAAAACCAGACAAAGUCUCUGAGGUUUUCUGACACAGCCUGACUCUCAUGACUUCUAACCUCUGACCCCU